GCUCGCAAGUCUCCAGCAUCCCGGUUGUCCUCACAUAACCGUGUAAUUGCGUGCGAUUUGCGUAGUUCUUUUCGGUUAAAGUUAAUAAAAAUGGGAAACACCGCGGCGAAAGUAGAGUCCAAGCCAGAGGAGCAGAAGAAGCUAAAGCCUUGCUGCGCUUGUCCUGAAACGAAGAAAGCGAGAGACGCAUGUAUCAUAGAAAAUGGCGAAGAAAAUUGCGGCGACCUUAUAGAGGCACAUAAAGCUUGUAUGCGAUCAAUGGGAUUUAAGAUAUAAAGUGCACGAAAGUGAUCCCUCGUUACUAGAGAGACUUUUGAUAAACCAAAGACCAUACUCUCUGCGAAGAACUCUGCGAGUGGUUGUAGGCAUCUACAUGCCUGUGUACAUAUAUCUCUCUGUGAAUCGAUAUUCUUAGCUAUAAUGAGAGCUAAAAAGCAAGUGAUGAUUCUCUCCAAGUGAGAGUUUAGUACAUUAAUUUAAUGACUUUCAUUUCAUUUCGAACAUGCUUCGAAGAGCACUGUACAUAACAAUGAUCGCUCAGGAAAAAUAAAGUUCGCAAUAAGUUUUCCAGUGA